AUGAGGCUAGAGCGCGGACAGCGAGCUUCCCUGGCGAUUACCCUCAACUUUGUGGCAUUCGCUUUUGCCAUAUCAGCAGUGAGCACCAACUACUGGUGCGAGGGGACCAGGAAGGUGCCCAAGCCCUUCUGCACGGGGCCACCGUUGAAGGUAAAGCAGUGGUUCUGUAUCCGCUUCAACAGCUCCAACCUCAACGACAGCCGACAGGUGCAGUACAUCUUUGAGACGGGAGAGGAGAAGUUCCUCAUGAGGAAGUUUCACACGGGAAUAUUUUUCUCCUGUGAGCAGGCCGUUGAUAUGAACGGGUUCAACUGUCGAGACUUUGCUGAAAUUGCACCUGAACAUGAACGAGGAGUACUGUGGUUAUGUGUUGUGGGUGAGAGCCUGUACCUCAGCCUGCUCCUCACGGGCGGGGUUCUGAUGAUUCUGGAGCAGUGUCCAUGCUUUAGUAUCAUGAAUAAACUGAAAAUCAGUGCCUUCGCUGCCAUGUGCACUGCACUCUCAGGCCUUUGUGGGAUGGUGGCCCACAUGAUGUUUACCACCAUAUUCCACCUGGCUGUUUCUAUGGGCCCAGAAGACUGGAGGCCCAAGACCUGGGACUACAGCUGGUCUUAUGCCUUAGCAUGGAGCUCCUUUGGCACCUGUAUGGGUUCUGCUGUGACGGCACUGAACAGGUACACAAAGACUAUCAUAGAGUUUAAAUUCAAGCGGCGGAACAUCGAGAAGAACCUGAUAAUCAAACAGAAGAUGAUAGACCUGGACCUCCCAGAUCAGAUGUGGGACAUGUACCUGACUGCUGUACCAGCUGAUCCAGACACCCCACCAGAACUGCUGGUCAACGGUCACAAACCAUCUACAGGAUCGCCGUAUGUGGUCGAAAUGGACGAUGAACCAGACCAGCACAUAGAGGCGUAUUGUUAAAACUAAACCAGGCAUCCCUAUUCUGGACUUGCCUUGAGUCUCGCCUAGAUUUAAAUAUCUGAACCAGGAGAAUAUAUUUCUCCCCCUGCCUCACAUUUUAUUUAUAUCUGCAAGGGCUGGAUCCAGAUGCUUUUCUUAGCAAUAAUCUAGCAUGGUCAGCUUUCAUAUAACAUGCUUUAAUCAAGUCUUUCCAUGCGACAGAGAAGAGGGCUGUGUUUUCAGCAUUUUCACACUAAGCUGUGGCAGACUGUAGGAUGAGCACGUUGCAGCACACAUUCUUCAUGAUAUCUGGUUCGGCUUCAGCCGAAUCUGCCUUCUUUCAUCCAAGAUGCAUCAGAAAUUGUCUGGAGGGCGUUGCUUGGUAGCAACACAGUGAGAGGAACAGCAGACCUGGAUGCAAUCUCACUGUGUUGUAUCAUCAUGGAUGUCACACAGAACUGGCCCCUGGACCUGACUUUGUAUAGAGCAAUUGAAAACACUCAAUGUUGGAAAGCUGUAAAGACACUAAACAGCCAUAAAGAAGCACAAAACAUUCAUAAAAUGACCAAAAAUUGAAAUUACUGAAUUGAUGACAGAUGCACAUGAAACAACCACAAAAAAUGCAUAAACAAAUACAGGGAACAAAAGCAAAGCAAAGAACAAAAAAAACUGGGGCUUAAACAUGUCUGUGUCUAGCGGCCUGUCAUCUUCUAGUGAGUCCAUUUGACUGCACAUCAAAGAAGACUGAAAUCAUCAACAUAAUGUUUUUUGAGCUAAAACUGAGCAGAACAGAAUGAUUACUGAUGUUCAUUUGCCCUGAAUAAAGGGUUUGAGUUGUGGGUUUUUAAUGGGCUAACACGGACACCUAUUGAAACUGAAGGAAAUGAUAACAUGCAGCUGACUAUUUACCUGUAUUUAAGAAAAAGGUGAUUCUGUAUUUUACCACAGUGAGUCUGAAAGUGAAAACAUAAUGAAGAAGGUAAACAUGGUUGUUUUUUCUCAUUGAAUGUAAGUUUCUCAAACAAAUCAGCCUUCAAACUGAAGGGAAGGAAAAACAAAAAACAAAAAACAAAAAUAAAACACCCAAAUUCUAUUAAAACCUAUUGAUACCAACUCAUCAUCAGCUCCUCCAUUC